AUGAGUAUUAAACGGACAGAGUUAAUAGAUAUAAGUUUAGCCAAAGAAGAAUCUCUGGAACUGCCAGCCCCUGAAGGCUACAGAAUAGUUCCAUCUCGUGAUGCAGAUACCACUUUACGGUUCUUGGAGGACCAUGACCAUGACGUACCUGAGAUCACUCCAGAACAAGAGAAACGGUUAAGAAGAAAAGUUAUGAUUAUAGUGGUAGGAUUGACGUCUCUCGUUAAUCUUAUACUAUAUUCCGAUAAAGCUGUAGCUUCUUAUGCUUCCAUCUUUGAGUUCUGGCAAGACACCGGACUCACACAGAAUAAGUAUAAUAAUUCCAAUACACUUUUCUAUGUCGGGUAUAUCAUUGGGCAACUCAAUACUAUUCUUAUCCAAAAGGUGCCUGUGGGACGACUUUUGACGUUGUUAACAUUUGUUUGGUCUGUGAUCAUCUUUUUACAUUGUGCUGUUUAUAACGUUUCAGGUGUCUAUGCCAUUAGAUUCUUCUUAGGGUUUGUUGAAAGUAUUGCCUUACCAGUGUUGAAUACCACUAUGGGUCAAUUCCUUUUAAAGGAAGAAAAGGCUGCUACAUCACCAAUCUUCUAUUCAACUUGCUUGGGGGUUACUAUCCCAGUAGGUUUCAUUGCUUAUGGGUUAUUGAAUAUUUCCAAUCCUCCAAUUCAUAUAUGGAAGUUGUUCAUGAUCACAAUUGGAGGGUUAACUUUCCUUGUACUGGUUGUGGUGUUCUUUUUUUACCCUAAUAAUCCAACUGAUGCUUGGUUUUUAACCACUGAAGAAAAAGUAUGGGUCAUUAGAAGGGUUCAAAGAAAUACCGCCACCUCGAUUGAGCAAAAAGUAAUCAAAAGAUAUCAAGUGAUUGAAGCCUUGAAGGACCCUGUGUCUUGGUUAUUUGGAGGAUUCUUUUUACUUCAACAAUUGGCAAACAACUUAACUUAUCAACAGAACCUUUUGUUUACUAGCAUUGGGAAUAUCUCCAACUUGGAUUCAACAUUGGUCUCUGUUGCUUCUGGAGGAUUUGCAGUGGUCAUGUGUGUAAUUGCUACUACUACUUUACUUUAUUUCCCCAAUCUUAGUGCCUUUUCUGUUGUGUUCUGGACAAUACCUUCGUUUGCAGCAUCUAUUGCCGUAGCCACUUUACCAUGGAACAAACACAUUGCACUUUUAGCCAUGCUUUGCUUGGCCUCUCCAUUGUUUGGUAUUCCCUGGAUUCUUAUGUUUAGUUGGAACACUUCCACUGCUGGGGGAUAUACCAAGAAGCUUACCAGAAGUAUUAUUGUGAUGAUAGCGUAUGCUGUUUCCAACAUUAUAUCUCCUCAAUUAUGGCAAGGGAGAGAUGCUCCAAGAUAUAGACCAGCUUGGAUUGUUCAGAUUGUGCUCUCUUUCUUUUUAGCACCCCUUCUCGCACUUGUUAUUUGGGUGAUAUUGAAGCGUCGUAACAUCGAACGGUUGAAGAAGUUAGAGUCUGGAGAAACCUCGGUUUUUGGGUUCGUAGAAGAGGAUGGUCAAAAGGUGAAGGUGAACGUAGCAGCGUUAGAUUUAACUGAUAAGGAGAAUGAAGCAUUCAUUUAUCCAUUAUAG